AUGCAGUGUGGUGGGUAUGAGAAUGCAAAUGACCUUGUGAGGGAGCCCUUCUAUAGGUUUCUUCACCGAACCUUCGUUGGGCAUGGCUUAUGCGCUUCUCCUGGUGUGGCAACUGUGGCUCGACUUCACCUGACCUUUUUGGGGACCUCAGUUAGCCAUAUAUGGGGAACACGAGCUUGGAACACACCUGACUUAUCUAAAAACAAUUGGUGGGUAUCGAUUUUAACACUUGGCGAGGGUUGGCAUAACAAUCAUCAUGCGUUCCAGUUCUCGGCUAGGCAUGGACUCGAGUGGUGGCAGCUCGACGUUACUUGGUAUCUCAUUAGGUUUCUGGAGGCUAUUGGUUUGGCAACGAACGUAAAGUUACCUACUGAAACUCAAAAGAAGAGAAUGGCUUUGGUCUGA